CCUCCCUCCCUCCCUCCCUUCCUCUCUCUCUCUCUCUCUCUCUCUCUCUCUCUCUCUCUCUCUCGCUUAAGUUUUUCUUCAUAAACACAAACACAUUAGUGCCGAAUUACAUCAAAGGGUAUUUGGAGGAUAUUAUUUGCAUUGGGGUGGUCGUUUUUUCCGGGGGCAAGAAUGACAAUGAGCAACAACGUCACUCACGGGCAGUUCGGUGACACCACACUGACCAAAGUCUUCGUCGGAGGGCUGGCGUGGGAGACUCCCAAAGAGGCCCUGAGGGCGCACUUCGAAAAGUACGGCGAGAUCUUCGAGGCCGUCAUCAUCUCCGACAAACUCACCGGCCGAUCCAAGGGCUACGGUUUCGUAACCUUCAAGGAGCCGGAGGCGGCUAAGAAGGCUUGUGAGGAUGCGACGCCGGUCAUCAACGGCCGCCGUGCCAACUGCAACCUCGCUUCCCUCGGGGCUCGCCGCCCUAGGUCCGCGUCAAACACCACCCCUCCUCCUCAGCGAGGAUCCAACGGUGGGGGAGCGAGGUCCAUGUCACCUGCACCUGCACCUGCAAAUCACGUGCAGUGGUACUACCCAGCACCAACAGGGACUCCGACGACCACCCCAUUCCACCACCAGCAUCACCAGGCCGUUCCAUUUUAUGGCUACUCCCCCACAUACAUUGCUCCUGAUAUGAGUUACCCUCAUAAGGUGGGCUACACAGGUCGAGCUUACAUGAACGGGCACUACUCUGCUCAAGUGUACCCAGCACAGCCUAUGGUGGGACACAACACUUUGAUGCCAAUGUAUCCUCUCUACCAUUACCACCAUCACCACCAAUCACAUACAAUGGGCUUACCUGCUCACAUCUACUCGCCAACCACGGCCGGACACGUGGCCACAGUCCCAACCAUCAUGUCCAAACCAGCAUCCAUUGCUCCUAACACAGAUAUAAACUGAUUGCUAGAGAAACAGUGUGCUUGGCUGUGGAAUAGCAGGUGCAGUUGGCAGAGAAGAGGACGAGAGCUUUAAGAAAGUAAAGGGCAUGCACUGCACUACUCAUUCAAAUUAGUUGGCAAAAUAACAAAAGGGGGAACGUGGUGGCUGCACAGAGCAACAUUAUUAUCUCUGAUCUGUUGUAGCUCUUUCUUUCCAAUUAAUUUAUUUUUAUUUAUUUAAUUUUUAAUUAAUUCCAUAAGUGUUCUUAAUUAAUUUAGGUGUUUCUGAUAAACUGUUGUAGCUCUUUCUUUCCAAUUUAUUUAUUUUUAUUUAUUUAA